GUAGGAAGUAGGAACCCCGCGCCCUUCCUCUUUUCCCUCCCGGAACAGCCGCCGCCGCCGAAGGUCUCCUUUCCCGCCCGUGGUCGCCGGCGCCGCCGACCUCAUCCUCAUCCCGGAUAACACUACUCCACAGCCAUCGCUCUCCAUCGAGCUCAGGCGGUAACCUUUCCCGCUGGUGCCUGAACUUUCGACCUCUUCCCCCCUUCCUCUCCUCCUGUGCCGCGCCGCCGGUCAAGCUCCCGCGCCUCCUUGUCACUGCUCUCAGCUUUUGAGCCUGAUCGAUCCGAAUACCCAGCCGUGCAUGACUGCAUUGGUUCGGCUCGCUGGAAGAGCAGCUUCUUGGAGCAGGGCCGUAGGGGUGACGGUGCUUGCUUGCAAUUUCUGCUGCAGGGUCGGCAAAGCGGCGGCAGCACCCUCUCCUCUCGGCUUGCUCGCGCAGCGCCGGAGAGCGUUCCAGGGCGUGAGAAUGGAGAUGGGGAGCAGCAAGGGCGGCCGGGGCGCUCUGGUGGUCCUGGAAGGCCUGGAUCGGAGUGGGAAAUCGUCGCAGUGUGCCCGGCUGCUGUCCUUCCUCAAAGGCAAAGGCUACGACGCUGAAGGAUGGAGGUUCCCUGACAGGGCCACCAGUGUCGGGCAGAUGAUCUCUGCCUACCUCGCGAACGAGUCCCAGCUUGAUGAUAGGACUAUUCAUCUGCUCUUCAGCGCCAAUCGCUGGGAGAAAAGAGCUUUGAUGGAGAGCAAGCUACUCAGUGGAACUACUCUCGUUGUAGACCGAUAUUCUUAUUCAGGAGUGGCGUUUUCAGCUGCUAAAGGGCUUGACAUUGAGUGGUGCAAGGCUCCAGAAAAUGGACUUAUUGCUCCAGACCUUGUAAUAUAUCUUGAUGUACAGCCAGAGAAAGCGGCUGAAAGAGGAGGCUAUGGGGGUGAGCGAUAUGAAAAGAUAGAGUUCCAAAAGAAAGUUGCCGAGCAUUACCAUUCACUCCGUGGUUCAACAUGGAAGGUGAUCGACGGUUCCCUUCCCAUGGAGACUGUUGAAGAAAAACUGAGAGAUUUAGCUACUAGCUGCAUUCAGGAGCGCCAAGGGAACCCACUUACCAAUCUGGCCUGGUGAAGUGCCGCAAUCACACAAAGUAAUGGCGCUCACAGGCUAACACAUCGCCUUGUGUGAUCUACCGUGGCCGGGAUGGAAUUAGGCAUCUGGAAGCAUUUGCCUUGCUAUUUGCUCUAUCAGCAUCCCUUGUGCAACAUAUUUCUAAUUUCAACGUGUGUUCAGAGAAGUUUCAUAGUUUUUUUCUUCCUGAAGUUAGUCUGUGUGCUGUGCCGGUGUCUUGAUUUUGUGUAAUGUGUAACGUGAAACAUGUGAUGAGACUACAAAACGAAAUUGCUUCGCACACACUAAAUAAUGACUGAGA